GGGGAGAGGGGGAAAGCUAGAGAGGGACAGCAGAGGGGGGCAAAGGGAGAGACAAGGGGGGAAGAAGAAAGGGAAACACAAAGUCAGAGAGGCAGUUCUCUCCGCAUCCCGGCUGCUCCAUACACAAUGACCGUGGAACCCCCUUGGGACAGACGCGGCUCCUUGAGGCGCCACUCGCGGCUCUUUGCCAUCUGCCUCAUUGUGCUUUUUGCCCACGCCUGUUUGCCUCUGGAGGUGUCGGUAGGCAAGAAUAACCUGAUCACAGCUAUCAAUGGGUCUAAUGUAACGCUUCCCUGUUCUUUUAUGGCCUGCAUUGGCUUCAAUACUGUUACCUUCUCUUGGAUAUACAGCUCUCUCAACAGUUCACUUAAACCUGAGGAACUUUAUAAAGGAACGCUAAAGGACAAGAAGUCAACCCCUAAACCUGAAGUAAUUGUGAACAGGAAUGAACGUAUGGAACGAGUACAGCUUCUUCCUAGCAAUGAAACCAAAGAUUACAACCUGUCGCUGCUCUUGAAGUAUGUGGAUUUUGAUGACACAGGCCGCUAUACCUGUGUCGUGAAGAAUGAGAAAGAAAAGGGUGCCACGCACAAUGCCACUAUUAUACUGAAAGUGGUAGACAAAUUUGAGGAUGUGGAUAACACACUGACUCUGAUUAUCGUGGCUGCUGUUGGUGGAGUGAUUGGACUUCUUAUUCUUAUUCUAAUAAUGAAGAAAAUUAUAACCUUUAUUAUUAAGAGGAACCGUGACAAGAAGAAGGACUGCCUUGUAAGCUCCUCUGUUAAUGACAAUACUGACAAUGCCUCCAAGCAAGAAAGCAAGGCCAAACCCAAAGCAUGAUUUUCCAAACCAUCAGAUGGUUAUACAAUGGACCCAGGACUUCCAAGAAUGGAUUGUGAGGCCAAUGCAAGCAAGGUCACCGACUUUGCAGGCACUGUAAAGGGAGGCAGAGCACCCUCUAUAGUGAUUUGAAACACUUACAGCAUGACACUCUCUGCAUACCAACUUCCUCUCUACAAUAGGGUUUCAUCCAGGAGUCUAGGGUUAGGCUUUGUAGCACUAAGAAAUUAAAACAUGAUAUAUACUGCACAUAUAUAUAUAUAUGCCUUUGUGCAGAUCACUAAUGUGGAUGAAAAAUCAAUUAUGUUGCUUCUGGUGGGUUUUUUGGAAUAAGGGCUGCUGAUGGAUGGUACGAACACAAAGUGGUAAUAAUAGGGAAUGAGCUUGAAUGUAUGAUUAGGCUUUAACUCCCCUAGGCACUGAUGGGUUGAAGUGAUUUACAUUUGGCGGUACAUGUACGGUAUACUAAGCAUCAUACCUGUGAAAUCUCUCCACACUUAAUACUGGCAAGGUCCAUAAAUAGCAUGCUCUUAUUCCUAAGCACACACUGGGAAAUUCCCAAGUAUUAGCCCAAUUUGUCAUCAGUGCAGUGACACACAGCAGCUAAUUAGUACUUUGCUUUGAUUACUUUGCUAAUGAAAGCAAGGGUUUGACUAUGCAUUACUGCAUGGGGCAAAGUUACACUUCAUAAGUGACUUUCCCCCUUUAACAAUUGUAUGGAUUAAGUUUCAGGGUGUAAUUCUCAGCUGUUUGUACUCUGAGAAAGGGGUGAAAAAAUUGGCCUUUGUGCAAAUUGUUACUUCUCGGAAAUGGUUGUUGUAGCAUAUGCUAAAGUGGCUUUUUCAGUACAUGAACAAGACCUUUCUAAGCACUGCAACCCCCAGAAUUAAAAUGGACUGUUUAGGCAUCUCUCCUGUUAUCUGCUGCCUGCACAUAUGGCUGCCAAUCCACAAGUGGAUGUCCGCGAUCCUGUAGGCCCUCAGUGGGCAUUGCUGCUGCUUAUAUUUAUGAAUGUAAUAAAAACUUAUUUAAUAAACACUGGUUAUAUAAAUA